UCCAGCUUUCCACGCUCGCCAUAAUGGCGGAUGCUAUAAAAUAAUUUGACAAUAUCUGUGCCCCAGUUAACGCAACGCCUUAUAUCGUCCAUAGCAACCUUUGAUAAACACAUUUUUCCAUGUCAACAGAAAAUCUCCAUUUGUUCGCAUGAAGGAAUGUGAAUUGUGUGUUAAAAACUAGUGAUUUUUUAGUGAAUUCGUAACAUUGUAAGCAUGCCACUUAGAUGUUGUGUGGACGGUUGCCGGGCUCUUCGUGGUCGUGACAAAUUGAGUUUCCACCGAUUUCCUGCUAAGCGAACCGCGAGCGAUGCUGUGCGAUGCCAAUUGUGGGCUGAAGCAGUUGGUGCGGUUGGGAAACGGCUGGAUAAACUCUUCGUAUGCGGUCAACAUUUCGAUACAGGAAAACCAGCUUCACCGGGUGAAUUGAACAAAUCCAACUGGAUACCUACGCUUAAGCUGUGUUUAGAUAAAGCUGCAAAAAAUCAGAUAGAUAAUUCAAGAGAAAAUUCGAGAAUAGUCACUGGAGAAAUACCGAACCGAAGUCAAAGUACAACUGAUCACAAUAACUUCAUAGGUAUGUAUUUUAAUGCCAUUUUCAACAACUAUUUAUCAAAUCUCGUUACAGAUCCCAUUUUUGAAGAAAAUGAAAUAAUUGUGGAUGAAUCGUAUUUGUUGGAAUCUGAUACUCGGACAGAUUGGAUAGAACCUGGUCCUUUUAAUACCUUUAUAAUGUACGAGGAGCCUGAUGGUUAUCACGAGUCAAUUAUGGAUGAACUUGAUACAGGAGAACCAAUCAUAUUCGAGUCUGAAGUAUAUGAUAACAGUGUUCAGUAUGACAACGAUAAUAUAUCAGUUGACUGUGAAACAAUCAUGGAUAAACUGAGGACAGAUGAGUUAAUCCUUUUUGAACCAGAAAUAGAUGAUGCCAGUUUCCAGUUUGAAAAUACCAGUGUCGAUUGCUCCAUGCUUGAUGAAGAUCUCUUGUCGGAACACAACAACAAUGAUGAACUUGUAUAUGCUGAUAUAUCUCCAACUGUAAUCUCACCUGAUGAUCAUUGUGAAGCAAAUAGCAAUGUGACUAGUGCAAUACCUACACGUGCUGAAUCUUCUCCUAACUCAAGUACAAACGAUAUGAUCAAACAUUAUGAAGAUAAAUUAAAAGAAAAAGAUGAAGAGAUUGCGGAAUUGAAGGAAGUAAUUUCAAAGCAGAAAAAAAUUUUGAAGUCCUUCAAAUAUGAUGUGAAGUCAUUUGAAGGUCGAGAUACGCAGGUCAAGCAUCUCACUGGAUUGCCAACGUAUUCCACUUUAAAGACGGUUUACAACUUCGUCGAGAAAGGAAUUGUUUCCUAUUCGGACACCAUUUCGAAAGAACAAGCAUUUGUCAUGGUGCUUAUGUUUUUGAGACUUGGAUUGUGCUUUAAAACUCUGGCUCAUUUGUAUCAAGUUAGUCCUACGACAAUAACGAAAUAUUUUUAUUCGACCCUCUAUUCGUUAUACGUGCAGCUCGGAGGGCUCCUUAAAUGGCCUGAAAAGGAAGUAUUGGAAAGUAAUAUGCCAGAAAAAUACCGAAAUGUAUUUGAAGGUCCGAUCACAGUAAUAUUGGACUGCUUUGAAGUUUUCACCGAGAAGCCAGGAGUAAAGGAUGCCAUUAUUAAAAUGUACAGCUCAUACAAGCAUCAUUAUACAUUCAAGGAAUUAGUAGGAAUUACACCAUUCGGCUCCAUAUCAUAUGCAUCAAGACCGUACACAGGAAGGACGUCGGAUAAACAUAUCACAGAACAAUCAGGUUUCAUGAAUUACAUCAAAGCUGGGGACGUUGUACUGGCUGACCGGGGCUUCACUGUAAGAAAAGCUGUCCAGGAUAGAGGUGCCCUGUUGAAAGUGCCUGAUUCAGCAUCAAAAAGUAAGCAAAUGAGCUCAUCGUCCGUCGAAAGAACCCGUGCACUGGCGUCUGUCAGGAAUGAAGUGGAAAGGGCCAUUGGAAGUUUGAGGCAAAAAAGCGAAGUUCUUAGCAAAAGGGUACCGAUAACGGUCAUGAAUCACGAACACAAUGGACAAAACGUACUGAACAUGAUUAUUGUUGUUUGUUGUGCUAUUUUUAAUCUAUGUCCAGCAAUAAUUAGAUAAAAAGUGAUUGGUAGGAUACAAUAAGAAUUAUGUACAUAAACUAUUCAUAAACAUGUUUUAUUUUAAGUUUCAUGUCCCAAUGUUAAUUUGAUAACUGUUCGCUCAAAUAUUACGUUACGUUAAAUUUUAUAAAUUAUCGUCGCCUUUUUUCACACACAUAACCCAUUUGAAAAUAUUCCAUGAACUGGAACACAUCGGCAGACACCAUACCUUAAUCUCCAUAUCUCUUUCGUGACGAACCAGCAUAAUUGUGCUGUUGAGUGGUAACAUUUUUCCAUAUUUUUUUCAUCUGCUUAGACUUUGUUUUUUUGUGAUGUAAACUGUUUCAAUAAUUCAGCCAUUAAUUAUACUUGCAUGUGUGCAAACAAACUUUUAUUUACGUUGCCUAUGAGAUUUACCACAACAAGGCACACAAAAAGCGAACAAUAACCGUAAAACAUGCAAAAGUUUUAUCUGUCACAUAUUUUUUAUUCACGAUUUAUCUGGGUAGUCAAAGCUAGAAAUCGAAAGAUAAAGAGUAAUUCUUUCAUAUGAGGAAAAAUAAUUGUUUUUUUUUUAAAUAAAUGAGUUCUGG